AAGGACCCCCCUUGCUCUGCUUCCGCUUCUCGCGUCCGUCCGUCCGCCCUCCCGACGUCGACUAUCGCAAAGCAUGUCCAGCCACGAAGACGAGAAGUUUGCGUCCCCUGCGGACGUGCACGACGCUGAGAAGGGCGUGACCUCCGACGAGGCCGCCGCCCUUGAGGCCGCUGCGCUCCCCGAGUUCGACGACCCGAACUUGGACAAGGAUGCCGCCAUCGCCGGUGUCCUUGAGGACGACUCCCCCUACCCCGAGGUGCGGUCCGCCGUCGCCAACACUGACGACCCCACUGUCCCCGUCUCCACGGUCCGGGCAUGGACGCUUGGCCUCAUCUGGGCCAUCAUCAUCCCCGGCCUGAACCAGUUCUUCUUCUUCCGCUACCCCAGUGUCACCGUCAGCAGCAUGGUCGCCCAGUUGCUGACGUUCCCGCUCGGUCGUCUCUGGGCUCGUCUUGUGCCGAAUUUCCGUAUCUUCGGCGUCGAGCUCAACCCCGGUCCUUUCACCAUCAAGGAGCACGUCCUGAUCACUAUCAUGGCGGGUGUCGGCUCUGGAUCUGCGUACGCCACGGACAUCAUCGCCGUGCAGCGCGUAUUCUACCACCAGAACUACAACUUCGGCUACCAGUGGCUCGUGGUCAUGUCGACGCAGCUCAUCGGUUUCUCCAUCGGCGGUAUCGCUCGUCGCUUCCUCGUGCAGCCGCCGUCGAUGAUCUGGCCGUACAACCUCGUCACCUGCGCGCUGUUCAACACCCUGCACGCGCAGCAGUACGCCGGUGUCGGUACCCGCGGGGGCAUGUCGCGUGAAAAGUUCUUCUACAUCGCCUGGGGAUGCGGUGUCGCCUGGUACUUUGUCCCUGGCUACCUGUUCACUGCCCUGUCGUUCUUCUCCUGGGUGUGCUGGAUCAAGCCGAACAACCUUGUUGUCAACCAGCUGUUCGGUGUCAACAAUGGUCUUGCCAUGGGUCUGAUUACCUUCGACUGGGCGCAGAUUGCUUACACCGGCUCCCCGCUUGCCACGCCCUGGUGGGCUGAGGCUAACGUUCUCGGCGGAUUCCUGUUCUUCUUCUGGUUCCUCACGCCCAUCCUCUACUUCACCAAUGCGUGGUACAGCAAGUACAUGCCCAUCUCCACUUCGGGUUCGUAUGACAACACUGGAAGCCCUUACAACGUCACUGCCAUCCUCAACGAUCAGGGUACGUUCGACGAGGCCAAGUACCAAGCCUACUCUCCGCUGUACCUGUCGACGACCUUCGCGCUGGCGUACGGCCUCUCGUUCGCGUCGAUCACCGCGACGAUCACGCACGCGUUCCUGUUCUUCCGCAAGCAGAUCUGGACGCAGGCGCGCCGCUCGAUGCACGAGCAGCCGGACAUCCACGCGCGCCUGAUGGCGGUGUACCCGCAGGUGCCCGAGUGGUGGUACAGCAUCAUCCUGGUGACCAUGUUCGUUGCCGGUGUCGUCGCGAUCACCGUCUGGGACACCAAGUUCCCCGUGCAGUACUUCAUCCUCGCCCUCGCCAUCUCGUUCGUGUAUGUCAUUCCGAUUGGCAUGAUCCAGGCUAUCACCAACCAGCAAGUCGGGCUGAAUGUCAUCACCGAGCUCAUCAUCGGGUACUCGCUGCCCGGCCGUCCCGUCGCUAUGAUGAUGUUCAAGACAUGGGGUUACAUCACCAUGGCCCAGGCGCUGACAUUCACUUCUGACUUCAAGCUCGGCCACUACAUGAAGAUCCCGCCCCGCUCCAUGUUCCACGCCCAGGUCAUCGCCACCGUCGUCGCCGGCACCGUGCAGCUUGGCGUGCAAUCGUGGAUGUUCAGCAACAUCGAGGGCAUGUGCCACCGUCCGCAGAAGGAUGGAUUCUGGUGCCCCUCGACCCAGGUGUUCGGCACUGCCUCGAUUCUGUGGGGUGUCAUUGGCCCGGCCAAGAUCUUCUCCAAGGGUCAGCUGUACUACGGCCUGACGUACUUCUUCCUUAUCGGAUUCCUGACACCGCUCGCCGCGUGGUUGAUCACGCUCAAGUGGCCGCACAGCUUCAUCCGCUACGUGAACUUCCCCGUGAUCUACUCGGGCACCGGCCUCAUCCCGCCCGCCAACUCGAACAACUACAUCACCUGGGCCAUCGUCGGGUUCGUCUUCCAGUACGUCAUCCGCCGCAGGCAUUUCGCGUGGUGGACCAAGUACAACUACGUGCUGUCGGCUGCGAUGGACUCGGGUGUCGCCGUCGCUGCGAUCCUGAUCUUCUUCUGUCUCCAGUACCCGAAGAACGGCACGAUCGGGCUCAACACCAUCCAGGCGUGGUGGGGCAACAACGUGUGGCUCAACACCGCCGACGGUGCGGGGCUGCCGCUGCUGCCGCUCCCGGACGCUGGGUUCUUCGGGCCGUCGACGUGGAAGUAAACUUGCGCGCCGCUUGUUGUGCUUGCGGUUGUUGUUGUUGUAGUAGUGCACAGCAGACGAGCUGUUGUUGUAUCGUAUCCUAUAUACUUAAAUGCCUUUUCUGCUCUCAAGUCGCGCUUCGUGUGCCCACUGCUGAAAUGCAUUUUGUUUGAGCCUUC